AUGUCGACCGCCGCACCCACUAUCCCACCUCGUCCUGCGAGAUCGCAGCAGACUGCGGCCGCCCGCGGUGCCAACAAGCUGCCCGAGAUCCCACCCAGACCCAUUCCCAAACGUCUGGAUCGAUCUGUUUCUCCGGGCAACUUCCCUCGAUCGCCGCUGAACGAACCCUUCCUUUCCUUGUCCAAAACAAAAUCCAAUGACCCGUCUGAUGAAGCAGCCCUGCCUAGACGUCCUUCGGUUCAACACUUGCCGUCCGUUGGCCAGGAGGGCAUGGAAUAUGCCGAUAUUGACCAUCAGUCGGGUCCACCCCCACAGGCUCCUGCUGAGCAGACCCGGAGUAUCGCUCACGAUUUGAAAUUGCACGCUCCGAAGCCAUCGUUGCCCAAGUCGAGCGCAGCUGCUCAGGUCCAAGCUGUGACAAGGACCGAUUCCAGUCAGGCUGCUGCCCACGGGCUCGGAAAACCUGGCACCCCAGGACAUGAUGAUCACCACGAGGGCGAUGCCUUAGGGAGAGUUAGAUCCAGAGCAAGCUUUUCCCGCCCUGGCUCGUCUGCUUCAGGUGGACGUCGCGCCUCGUUGAGCCAUGCCGAAGAGCAAGGCCCUGCUGAGUUGGGCAUUCGCGUGCCCAUCAAUCCCCUCCUCGGCGAUGUUCAGGCUCCGUCGCCUGCACCAUUCACUCCCUCUCACACCGGUGAGAAGCGUCGCAGUCACAGCCGCGUCAAGAGUCGCGAUGGCUUGCCUCCUGGUAGCUAUGGUCUUCACGGCCAUGGCGUACCCCCCAAAGAUCCUUUUGAGAGAGACUGGUACGCCAAGCAUCCGGAAGAACUCCAGCACGAGGAAGCCCACGGCCAUGGUGUUUAUGAAGGUAUCGGCAGCGGUCGUGGCGCGUUUGCCUUGAGCAGCGACGAUCUCAACAAGAUUGUUCGUGAUACGGCUAGCCGCGGUGCUGGUUUUGGUACCUCUGGCAACACUGUAUCAUAUCCUGACGAGCAGAUUGGUUACAUGGCUUCAGCCCAGUACACGUCGCAUACCGGCAAUUCACUAACCAAAUCGCUCACCAAUGUCUCUCAGCCAGCUGUUGAAUCUCCCUUACGCAAAUCGAGCGUUCCUGCCGUAGACAUGGACCCUAUUGUCUCAGUCAACACCAAUCGAUCGGUUUCUGCCGCUUCAGAUCACGCCAUCGAAAGCCCCCAGCGUACCCCUGUUCAUGUUGACAUGCCUGAACGUCGCUAUAAUAAAAUUACAGGCGGUGAGGAGACUAUGCACGAGAAUGAGCAGCAAGGCGCUGCCAUCUCCCGCCCCACUACCGGCCAGGGUGAAGAGUCCGAUUAUAGUGCUCCUAUUCUCGCUGCCGACGAAGUUGCCAAGGAGUCUAAUGGAGAAUUUAUGCUGCCCGCAAUCUCACCUCGCUUGGACAGACGCUCGGGUGAGUAUGAAUUCCGCAGUGGUGACGCCACACCAACAUCGCGCCCGGGCAGCCGACCUGGCAGUAUUCAUGGUACGCAUAGCGGCUCUUACGGUCUAUCACGAUUCAUCUCUCAUCACGAUGAGCGCGAGAGUAUGCAUACUCCGCUCGAGGACGUGGAUGAAUAUGAGCCUCUGUUUCCGGAUGACGAGAACAAACAGAAGGAGCUCAGUCAUGCUGAACGGUUCAAACAGAGGCCUGAUGUCAUGAAGCAUCGCUUCCCAAGCAAAGAUAUCUGGGAGGAUGCUCCUGAGUAUGGUAUGUAUCAAGCUACGGUCUCCACUCCAGAUCUCACGGAACCGCCACCCUCUAGAGCAACGGCGACGUUCGAGACACCUGAGCAAGAAGCGGCGGCCAAAGGUGAGCGUUCCGAAGGGGACAGACGGAAACUGGCGCAAAGGGCAGGCUUACCCUCUCAUUUGCAAUCUGAAAUAUCCACUCGCCCGGGCUUGCAACCCAGGUUUCCAAGUCAAGACAUCUGGGAAGACAGUCCAGAAAGCCACCAUCUCGUCACGACAGUCAGCUCGCCACCCAUAGCAGAUGAUACAUCACCAGUCGACACUGCCUCAAAACCGAUGAUACCGCCACGGCCGACCAACAAGUCUAAGCUUGCCGAGGGACCAUCUGCGACCCAGCCUGCGCCGGUUGUUCCUACAAGACCUGCCAAGAAGACGUCUACUGAGUCAACACAACAGUCUACCGAGACAUCUCCAACAGAGCUUAAGAAGGUUCCCAGUUUGCCAGACCGCCCGAAGCCUCAUGUACCACCUCGGCCAGCUAAGAAGCCUUCGGGAGAGACUCUGACGAAAGCGCUCUCUGCUGAGUCGAACGAAACUGAAAAGGCAGCUCCCGUCACAUCUCCCCCAAUUGCCAAGGCCAAGCCGCAAGUGCCUGCCCGACCCGGCCAAUCUGGUAAAUUUGCCAGCCUCAAAGGCAACUUCAUGAACGAUCUCAAUCAGAAGCUCGGCCUUGGCCCACCUAAGGAGAAGGAGCCGGAGCCACAGCCUGAGGUUGAAGCCAAACCCCUCGAGGAUGCUCGCAAAGGCAGGGCUAGAGGCCCUCAGCGUCGCGCCCCCGCCAAGUCUCCGUCAGCUGCUCCUGCAGCUACUACUGGAGGGAAGCCCACAUUUUCCAUGUACAAGCCUCAGUCCCUGUGGCAUAUUAGUGAUGAUGGCUUGCUCAAUGUUGGCUCUGUGGAAGCCUUGAGUCAGGUUGAAGGAACCAGAGGUUUUUCACCCAAUGACGAGGCUUUACCCGUCGAUACCGAAAAGGCUCAGCAGCUACAGAACGCCACUGUUGCUGAUUCAUCGCCGCCCCCCACAAUCGAUACAGCGUCAGAAACGAAGGCAUCGUCGGAGGCAAGCAAGAGACCUGAGGACGCUCCUGCCGCUUUGGCGCCGAGUCUUGCCACCAAUGCCCAGGGCGAGUAUCCUGAUCCGACCCUUGGCUCCCCUGCAGAAGAGAAAGCGAAUCCACUCAGCCACCAGGCCACAAAUGAGGAAGCCUUCCUUUCGCAACACACCACUGCUAGUAGCACUGCGGCAUCGGGGUCCGAGCUGGAAAGAGAAGAACCCAAUCCUCAAACCGAUGCUAUUCCAGCUAGCAAACAGACAACCAGCUCUACGUAUACUGGGACUGAACUUGAGCGCGUUGAAACCAAGGCACCAGAAGAGCCAAUCUCGUUGCGUGACGAACAAGUUCGCGCACCCGCCCCUGGUCCUUCUGAAGCCGUUGCCCAGGACAACAAGACCCAGGCUCUACCCACAGUGACGAAGGAGCAAGCUCAGAUUUCCGACACAACUUCAAAAUCCGAGCAUGCGGCGGAGCCUAUGCCCGAGCAGGACGUCAGCUACGCGCAGCUGGAGGAGAUGCAGCGCCAGGCGGACGGCAAGGAGCCUAGUGAUGGAGGAAUUGCAAAGGUGGUCGAGUAG